AGUAAUGAAUGAGGAAGGGAGGAGGCGCCAAAACGGAUGUAUAAGUCACCAUUGUCACAAGAUGUGAGCAGACUCCUGUGGGUAAGAUGAAGGUGUGAGACGUGCAUUUUAUAAGUGGUGAUCGACUUAAAAGGGAAAGCGGAUACUAAGACGAUGUCCUAAAAUGGCCACCGUACGUACACCAUAGGCACAUACGUAAAACCCUAAGACAUGGCUGAUGAGGAAAGAAGUUGUGCCCGAUCUUUCAGCCAUUCACCAACCCGCAAAGAUUGCCCUUACCGACAAUGCCAAACUGAGCACAAUUUUCCUUCCCCUAUUUCCUUCCCCGGGACUUCAAGUGCUUCGCAGCCGUCCGCCGCCCCAUAUGCAAUUGGACAGCUCUCCCUAUCCCAAGCGCUGCCCCUCCGAUUUGACCGUAAUAUAAAACAGGCAUUUUAUAAUACCGGAGCCCUACUCUUCGCAGCCGGGUGUUGCGGGGCAGCAGUUCUUGUUUACUUCAUACUGGAGGCAUUCCUUCGGCCUUUGCUAUGGGCCGCGCUCUGUGGGACCUUCCUGCAUCCUUUCAAAACUUCACUGACCGGCGUGGGUCGUCGCUGGUUGAUCCGCCUGCAGCGUCAGGGUUCACCAAUUUUUCUGGCAACAUUUUUGCUGCCCGUCAGCUUCGCAAACCAAAGCCUGGAGGCGCUGGGAGAGCAAGUGACUCGCAGACUUAGGGUGCUAGUGCUACUUCUGGCUGGUGCACCCAUUCUCUACUGCAUCUAUCUGGCUGCCAGUCACCUGGGCGUGCAGGAAUUCCUGGGAAAUAUCUGUGGCUUGAUCUGUGGGGCCCUAGACUGCUUCAGCUCACAGUGGAUAUGGACAUUAGUGAUUGGUUACACAUUGGCAGUUUCAUUUAAAUGGAAUGCAGACACUCAAAACUAUCUCACUGCUAUCUCAGUCCCAGUCUGGCUUGUACUGCUUUUUCAUUUUGCAUCCGUUUGUGGAUCCUGGAAAAUUCCAGUGUUCUUGUUGAUUGUUUUUCUAAUGACUCUGGGUUCAUUGCAUGAAAAACAGAAUACUCAUGGAUCAUCAGGAACAGUACUCCCUGGUCAGAUAUUUACUAUUGCAGCCUCAACCAUCGCUAUGGCAAUAUCCAUAAGUGGCUUUGAGGAACACCAGGAAGGGUUUCCUACAGCACAACCUACAGAGGCACAGAUGGAUGAACCACCCUCAACCCUGUUACUUGGAAGGCAAAAAAGUGAGAUAGGAGAAUUCCUAAAAAGAAAGAAAACCAGUGACAUAUAUUUUGUAGUUCUGAUGUGGGCAAUUGUUGUUGUACAAAUAUGGCUCAAUUUAUGGAUAAUACAGAUACUUCCAGUGCCUAUAGCAGUUUUUGCUAUAAAGAAACUACUAAUACACUUUGGAGUAGCGAACUUCUUGGUGAAUCAUUGUGGCUCUUGGUGGAAAGUGAUUGAAGACUUUGUGAAGGAACGUCAGGAGGCUCUGGCACCAAGACCCAUUCGAGGUCUAGCAAGGUUCAUAUUGAAAGCAGAUUGUAAGAUGUGGCAUUGGCUUAAUGAGCAGAUGAUCAUCUGGCUGGAGAAGUCUCUUGACAAAAUAAUCAGCAUAUUUAUUAUAUUUAUGUUGGUAAUUGGAACACUCCUGUUAGCACUGUUCUUAACAGCAAAGGUACAUGAAGAAAGUGUGCACAUCAUUGAAGUUACAAGCAAUUUGAUAAAUGAGACAGUUUCCAGUCAUCCGGAAUGGGCAAAUUGGCUUCCUGAAGCACAAGUUGUUCAGAAAGCCCUUAACUCAGCUGCUAACAAUGUGUAUCAGUAUGGCAGAGAAUGGAUAACACACAAGCUGCAUAAGAUUUUUGGGGAGAAGGUCAAUAACACAGCAGUUAUUGAGAAGCAGGUUCUAGAGCUGUGGGACAGACUGUACCAUUCUUGGGUUAUUAAGAAUAUCACUCAUCCUGGUAGGCACAAGGGGCACAAGAUGCAAAUACAACGACAAAAUAGUUGGCUGGGAGAUAUUCUGGACUGGCAAGAUAUUGCAUCCUUUGUCCAUGAGAACAUUGAAACCUUUCUUUCAAUACUCGAGUCUCUUUGGAUUGUAAUGAGUCGAAAUGUAAGCCUUCUUUUUACCACAGUGACUACAUUACUUACAGUUAUCUUCUACAGUGGGACUGCACUUUUAAAUUUUGUCUUAUCACUGGUAAUUUUUUUGACCACGUUGUUCUAUCUGCUAAGUUCCAGUGACGAGUACUAUAAGCCAGUAAAAUGGCUUAUUAGUCUGACACCUUUGUCUCAGCCCGGUCCAUCCUCAAACAUUAUUGGUCAGUCAGUAGAGGAGGCUAUAAGGGGUGUGUUUGACGCUUCUCUAAAAAUGGCAUGCUUCUAUGGAUUAUAUACUUGGCUGACUCACACCAUCUUUGGAAUAAACAUUGUCUUUAUACCUUCUGCACUAGCAGCGAUUCUUGGAGCUGUUCCAUUCCUGGGGACUUACUGGGCUGCCAUACCUGCUGUACUAGAUCUUUGGUUUGCUCAGGGGGAAAAUUGUAAAGCAGUUUUGCUCCUUCUGUGCCAUUUGCUCCCUACCUACUGCGUGGAUACAGCAAUUUAUUCUGAUAUAUCUGGUGGAGGACAUCCAUAUCUAACUGGCUUAGCUGUAGCUGGAGGAGCUUAUUAUCUGGGACUAGAAGGAGCAAUAAUUGGACCUAUUCUUCUGUGCGUGCUUGUGGUUGCUUCCAACAUCUACAGUGCAAUGCUAUCAAGUCCAACUUCUGCAAUGCCUACUCCUACAGCGUCUCUGCAGACACAUAGGUUAUUUACAGAGCACUGAGAAGAUACUGCUGAGUGACAGGCUGACAUUUUCCAUGCUGAACUCAAGGAGAGAUUUUUUUUUUUCUAAAGUUAUGGCUUUUACUGUAGCCCUCACAGGCUUUUUUUUACACCAAUGAGUCCUUUUUUACGAAGCCAGGAUUAUUCUUCAGGCAUUAAUAGCUUUUUCCUAUUUGAAAGGUUAAUAGCUACAGGCUUUUAUGAUAUGUAUCAUACUUUCUGUAGACACAUCAGGUGUCUUAAAGGUAUUUGUGUGCAAGGUGUUUGCACUUAAAGGGAUUCUGUCUUGAUUUUUAUGGUGUACUUUUUAUUUCUAAAUUACACUUCUUACAUAGCAGAUAAUUCACACUACCAUUUAAAACUUUAUUCUUGAAUCAACAAAUAAAUAUUUUUAGCUGUAAUAUUGGUGUGUAGGCAGCCUUCUCAGUGCAUUGUGCCUGAUUCUGAGCUUUCAGAAAAAGCCUGCACGCUAUAC